AUGCAUGCUCUUUGGGAGGCGCUGCCGGCUACACGUAGUGUUGCGAAGCGCACUUCGGGCAGGUCUUCCCCGCCUCUGUCUGCCGGCGGCGGCGAGGAGCAUGAUGCGAGCGAGGAGGACGAGGACGCCGUACCAUUUGUGCGGGCUGCAAGGCGCCAGGUGCUUGAGGUGCUCCGCCACGAAGUCUUCGAGAAUUCGUCGAGGCUUGUCUUGUCGCCCGUGUACCACUUCGUGGACAUGCUCGGGGCGGUGGUGGUUGAAAACAGCAACCUGGUCACGACACUGCCUGCACCUCACACGCUGCACGAGAGACCGGCGGAGGGCUUCUCGCCGCAGCGGCGCGUGCUUCUCGUGCCUUUGACAGAGACCUAUGAGCACACUACGGGGUGGAUGGUGCCAACGGAGAUGGAAGGCGCACAGCUUGCCAUGUCGCUGUACGUCAAUGACACACCCGUCUCUCUACCGCCAAACUGGCAGCUUUCCCCCGCCAAGGAGGCGGCCGCAGUUAAAGCGGCAAUCACGGUGGAUAUUACGCCCCUUGUGUUCCCGAUCGAACGGGAUUUCUUCUCCUUACAGGUGAUCUUCUCUGGCGAUGUGGCCGAGAUGGAGAUGUGGCGUGGCGUCAUUGCUUGUGUGCUUGUGGAGGAAGUAGAGUUGGCCCGCCUCGGUGAGCGCAUUGUGUCCACGUAUCACAAGCGUAGAGCGCCCGUCAUCUGGGGAUCGCCGCCGUCAUCUUGCGGCGAGCGCGGCGUCGUUGCAAUCAUGGAGGCGUCGGUGAAGAUUCAGUGCCCCAUCACCACGCUCACGAUGGAGAUCCCUGUGCGGAGCAUGUACUGCGAGCAUCUGCAGUGCAUGGAGUUGGCGGCGGUGCUCAUUCAAUGUGCUCGGCAAAACGUGUGGAACUGCCCACUAUGCUCGGCUGCCAUGAAGCCAGAAGACAUCAUCGUCAACUACCGCCUCAGGGACUGGAUCGCCUCGCAUUCGCAGGAGGUAGUGGCGCAGGUCGAAUAUGUGGUGGAGACGGAGCUUGGCCGACCCCUGAAGAUUGUGUACAAGGCCGCACGACCAGAGCAGCACGCCACAAUCGAGGUGAUAGAUGACGAGGAGGAAUAA